AUGUACGGACAAAUAGUAAUAAAGUCACGUAAAAGCACUACUCAAAAUGGGCCGACAAAUAAGAAAAAAUAGACAGGAGUUUGCAAAUGAGGUAAUUGACAAUAUGUAACAACCAGCUUUGUAACAACAUGAACUGUACAAAUUUACUGCACGGAUAUCAAAGUGUAGGUCAGCCUAGUUUCAUAUUAUCAGAAAGACAAGGUUUGUUCCAAGUAAGAACAUAGAUCAACAACCAUGGCAACAGUUUAUGAAAUAGAGGUUGAUUCCGAAGCCUACACGUGUUUAUGGUUAACACAAAAUGCAGUUAAUAAACAGCAUGCUGAACAACGAGAAAAAUUAACAAAGUUUCAUGAAUUAGACUUCAUUAAUCGUAAUCCGAGUAUUAACGUAUUCACAGAAUCACCGUGCGACAAUUUUAACUUCCUAACUGGUAGCCAUGAUCAUUGGAAAAAAGUCUCGUCUGAAACGAAUAUUAGGCUUAAGAUAUCUAGGGAUAUUACCAGACCAAAGGCUUUAGUCUUUUUAUUGAGUCCAUCUAGACACCGAGGCAUCUAUCACCUUAGUAAAACAGACUUAAAUUUGUUAGAUAAAUUACACGAUAUUCCUAAAUGUCAAGAAAAUUUUAUCUUCCUUGUAAAAGCCUCUGCUAGUAGCGUCCCUUAUAAUACAGAAGAUCUUGAGAACCUUAGCAGCGAAAUACACGCCAGAAUCAUUCAAAAAGGAGGAAAGAAUGAAAUAUUUAAGAAAAUUUUCCAUGUAAAUGACAACCAAAUUCCUGUACGAAUUGGAGUUUGUCUACUUGACAGUCUCAUUUGGAUAAUGAAGGAAUUCAAUGAAAACGCGAAGCGUUUCUCUGAAUCGAUGAAUAAUAAUCUAACAGAAUUAGUUGAGAAAAGAGAAUCUAACAUAAAAUGGCUUGCGAAAAAAAUGUCAAAAUCAGGGUUUACGGUUUGCAAUUUUGCAUCGCAAAAAUUAAAUUAUGUCAAGACAAAAGAUUUAAGCAAGCUUUUAAGAAAAGAAAUGGAAAGAAGAAAUUUACUGGUCGGCAUCAAACUUUCCAAGGAAAACAGGACAUGUCAGCUCGAUCAAACAUUUCAAACUAAACUCAAUAUUUUUCUGAGGACAAAAAAACUGUUUCUAAAAGGAAACCAAUUGAAUUCAUACAAAAGACUCCAAUCAACGGCGUCAUCAACCCGAUUCACAAGAAGUAUGGCAAAAGAAGAUUCAACAUCUAAAGACUCAUCGACAAAUGGAACAUUAAAAAGAAAAAGAGGAAUUACACAUCGUUGUUCGGCAAUGUGCAAUAACAUUUUCGAUGGAAAUGACUAUCAAGAGAUGACAGAAGAUAUCUAUGCAGAGCUUCUCAAUUUUGUCACUUGUCUUGUUAACCGUUUUACCGAAGAUUUAAAACCAUUUUCAAAAACCAUUUCCGAAGAACGAUUAAAGAGGCUUCACAGUCUGAAAAUUCAUGAAUGGAAAACAGUAACUAUGAGAAAUGUGCUUGUAAAAGGGUUUGGAUGCAUUGAAAACAACAUAUGCGUCUACACGAAAAGGGAUGAUGAACACGAGAAGAAGUCUGUAUGUGAAUAUGUAAAGAAAUAUCUCAAUGAUCCACCAGGAAAGUACCAACUGCGAGUUGAAUAUAAACAACGCAAAAUAUCCUUAUUUUCGAAACUCGAACAAGGUAGUAAAAUUAAUAGAAGAGAAAGUGGAAACUGCAGUGAUGAAGGCAGAAAGUUUGGAUCGCUUGGAAUGUUUCUCGAAGACAAAAACGGCAAAUAUUUCUUUACAACUUGUGCACAUGUAAUUGGAGAGGAAGAACAUGCAUAUUCACCAGACGACAAUUCAAAACUCGGACGGAACGUAUAUAUUAACUAUUCAGAUUGCAACAAGGACGACAAAAAUGAUCCCUAUAUCGACUUUUCACUGGUUCAGGUUUCUCCUGAGAGAACAUUAACCUGCACAUUCGGUCUCAAAACGACGGGUGGUGAUUUUAUCAACGGCCGAAUAUUCAGAGGGGACUUAUCAGAAAUUUUAAAUGAAAAUGUAUACAAAUGGGGCGCAACAGAACCUUGUUUGCGAAAAGGCAAGUGUAUUGGAUUCGAGGAUGAAGGAUCUCUAUUGUAUUUAACAGUAGACACCAAAGACUUCGCAAAAGGAGGCGACAGUGGGGCUAUUGUGUGUGUUGGAGAAGACGUGGAAACGGGCUUGGCAGCUUUUGUUAUUGUGGCUGGUUCCACUGACGAUUCUGGUUCCGAAUCUUUGAACUCUGGAAGCAGUUAUUUAGUUUAUAAAGUGUCUGAUGCUCUUGAUCGUAUUGGUACAAUUUCUGGAAUGACACCGUGUUUGAAUCCAUAUAUAAGAACGAUUUCAAUUUCAUCACCGAUUUCUGAUUCGAAACGGGCUGCAUCUAAACGUAAAACACCUGACAAAAUAUGAGAUAUUUUUAAGAAGAAAACAGGUCCGUUUGCUUUGAUUUUCAUACAACGCGAAAAUCUGUGAUGAAACUGAACACACCAAAUUAAAUUGUUGGUUUUUCUGCCUAGGUACAAAGAUGACAAAUCUUAAAACUUUCCUGUAAAGCAAACGGGAUUAUGAUUUGAGUCAUUAAUUGGUCCCUGAAAUUGCAAAAUUGUAAUAUUAAUCUUAAUUUUAUCAAUGAAAUAAUAAAGUGAUUUAAUCUUGA